AUGGGAUACGCUGGCAAGGCAACGUGGCGCAUGAAAUACUGCCUCUCUAAGGAUUUGCGCUCCAUCUUAGUGCAGGAGGGUGUGUCACCCUCAUCGGAACCGGGUGCUCCAUCCCGACACCCGCCCCAAACUGGCCUUUGGAAGGCAUUUCACACGGCUGACAACAUGACCUGCGAAAGCGGUUUCGAAGGAAAUAGCGACAUCUAUGGCUUGGGCGUAAGGAUCGGCGUUUACCUCCAAUGGUGUACAUCGAUACUGGCUCAGAAUUUCUAUGAGCCUGCUGUCGAAGGGAUGCAGGACGCCAACAGCACGUACCAGCUGGCCAUGACAUGCGGCUUCAUGUUCAUUACCAGUAGACCGAGCGAGGGGCUCAAAACAAUUGAAGGUUACAUUGCCCUGCUUUUUUGUUUUGCUGGUGCCUGCAUUUCCUCCUUGCAGAAUCGAUCGGCCUUCUCCACCGUCCUGUCGAAAAAUGGUGUCGGAGAACCUCCACGACGUCGUGUUCGAACCGCAGGCGAUAUGCUUCUCAACGCUAUCAUUUCUUCAUACGGCAUAUGGUUUUUGUUCAUCGGCAUUGGGAAGCUCGAGCGCACCGUAUGCCAGGAAAGGGCGUUCUUCUUCACGUCUGUGGCUUUAUUUGGGUGGUUUCGGUUCUUCCUCAGCGCAGGCUUCAUCUUGGGUCUUCUAGUGUCAACACUCUUGCUAGUCGCCCAGGCGAUAAUACUCAUAAGCUGGGUUUCCAAUAGUCUCGACAACAACAUCAACAUGAAUCAACGUAUCUUUGGCGGCGUGAACGACCCAACGCCUAAUUCGACUCGCCAGAAUCAGCGGGUAGAUGUUACUAUCUCUACAGGGCAGCUUUUUGGAAGCAUGCUUGCGCUUGGACUGUUUAUUGCGGCGGUGGAAGAGACUUUGGAUUGGAACAACAUUUCGGGUGUUCACCAGUGUGCUGAUUUCAGCCAACUGUUUCCGCUGAUGAUAGGAGCCACAAACUUCGCUCGCGUCGCGGCACAGUUUCUCCUGGAUCAUGGGAAAGGAAAAAUUGCAUUGAAACCGUCAAAAUUGACCGGCAUGACUACGAACAAUAUCAUGGAGCAUUUGAAGCUGAUGCCGGUGCGCUGUACGCGAAGUGCGUGA